AUGGUUGUAAGUUGCAUUUUGCAAGUAAUUUAUAAAGUUGGGAGUUGCUUUGGAGGUGUGAUUGGGAAUCAAUUUAUGUACUUGUGCAACUACGAGAAGAACUUUGAUAAGCUCCAAGAUGAUGUUUUGAAGCUGACGAAUGCAAGAAGCAAAGUGCAGCGUCGGGUUGAGGAGGCUAAAAACAAUUUGGAAGUGAUUGAAGAGAAUGUGAAAAAGUGGCUAGAUGAUGUUGACUCUGUCAUUGUUAAGGCAGAGGAGUUGAUUGAAAACCAAAGUUCAAUUGGCACUGACUGUUUGAGCCGCUACCAAAAUAGCAAGGCAGCAUCCGAAUUAAUGGAGGACAAUAUUGAUCCACUCCUGCAGCAAGAAAUAAGUUUCAAGAAAGUUUCCCAUCCUACGAUUCACAAGGAGAUAUGGCUUAGAUCUAAUGAAGAUUAUUUGGCGUUCGAAUCAAGAAACUCCACUGUGAAGAAUGUAUGGGAUGCUUUACAAGAUGAGGAAAUCUACAUGAUGGGUGUUUAUGGGAUGGGUGGUCUAGGCAAGACCACUCUUGUGCAGGAAAUCGGUAGGAAAGCCGACAACGAUAAGCUCUUCGAUGAGAUUGUUUUUGUUGAGGUAACAGAAACUCCAGAUACAAAAAAAAUUCAAACAGUUAUUGCAAACAAGUUAUGUCUCAAAUUCGAAGAUGCAAUGGAAGAUGGGAGUCAAAGAGCAAGCAAGUUAUACUCAAGAAUGGAGAAGAGGAAUAUCCUUUUAAUCAUAGAUAAUAUUUGGGUAGAGCUAGAUUUGAAGAUUGUAGGAAUUCCUUCUCUAGCUGAUCGUGGAAGAAAUAAAAUAUUGAUGACAACAAGAAACGUUGAUGUGUUGGAGAAGAUGGGUUCUACAAAAAAUUUGGGGAUGGGCAUUUUAAAUGAAGAAGAAGCUUGGAGUCUAUUCCAGAAAAUGGCAGGUGGUGAAAUUCCAACUUGUGAAUUGAAUUCUUUGCCACAAGAUGUAUGUAAGGAAUGUGGAGGCUUGCCUAUUGUCAUUUGUACUAUAGCAAAAGCAUUAAAGAGCCAGCGUCGUCCAUCUGAUUGGAAAGUUGCCUUGAGAGAAUUAAAAGCGCCUUCACCGACAAAGUUCACAGGAUUACUGGAAAAGGAAUACAUGAAGAUCGCCUUGAGUUACAAAUAUUUAAGAGAUGAUGAGCUCAAGAAAACUUUUUUAAUUUCUAGUCUAAUGGAAAAUAAUACUUCCAUUUCAGACUUUUUCAUACAUAUUGUGGGAUUGGAUAUACUUGAAGGAGCUAACCUGAAAAUGGAAGAAGCAAGGGAUAGAUUAGAUACAUUGGUUCGCGACUUGAAAGACUCUUGUUUGUUAACUGACGGUUUCACAAGCGAACAAUUAUCUAUGCAUGAUGUUGUCCGUGCUGUUGCUGUUAUAGUUUCAUAUACAGACCACCAUGUAUUUACAGGGAGAAAUGAUGUUGAAAGGGAAUGGAAGGAUACAGAUAAGCUCAAGAAAUGCACUAAAAUCUCCUUAACUGAUAGUAGUACAGUUAUUAGUAAGUUAUGGCCUAAUGAUCUGGAUUGUCCAAAUCUUGAAUAUUUCUAUAUGACCACUAUAUGGGGUUCUUCUUUCAAAAUCCCAGAGGAUUUUUUCACGGUGAUGCCAAAGCUCAAAGUUUUUAUUUUAUAUAGAAUGCAGCAAUCGAUGUUGCCAUCGUCACUUGAUCUUCUGAUAAACCUUCAAACUUUGUGUUUAAGUGGUAGCAACAUUAAAGAUGUUGCUAUUAUUGGAAAGCUAAAGAAGCUAAAAGUUCUUAGCUUGCGAAAUUCAUCUAUCAACGAAUUGCCAACAGAAUUGGGUCAAUUGACUCAACUAAGGUUAUUGGAUUUAAGCAAUUGUUGGCGAUUAGAAGUUAUUGUGCCAAAUGUGAUAUCAAAAUUAUCCCGACUGGAAGAAUUGUAUAUAAAGAGAUGCUCUAUUCAGUGGAAGGUUGAAUUACUCGAGGAAUUGAAGCUCUUGUCUGAAUUGGCUAGUUUAGAAUUAGAUAUUAAAGAUAAUAAGGUAUUGCCUAAAGACUUCUUUUCCAAAGAGCUUAAAAGGUACAAAAUAUCAGUAGGAGGUGAGUGGUUCGAACGUUUUAUAGGAUAUAACAAAGAUGAGGGUUCGAGGAUGUUCGAAUUGAAACUUAAUUCUACCAUCUGCUUAGAAGAAUUACGAGGAAUCAGAAAUGUUAAACUCUUACGCUUAGCCAAUUUUUCAGAUGUUGAGGGCAAUUUUUAUGGUUCUGUCAUUCUCAGUUUUAAUGAUUUUGUCACUCUCACGCCACUUCUUAAUGAAAAGGUUGUUUUCACCAAUUUGAUGGCCUUGGAAUUGAGGAAUAUUAGUCAUGGAAAGAUUUGGGACAACAAAUUUCCAACAUUUAUGUCUUCCUCCUAUCAGAAUUUGACACGCUUUAUCUUGGAGAGAUGUGGAAAAAUAAAAUAUGUGUUUCCAUCUUCCAUUGCCAAAAGCCUCCAGACUCUACAGCACCUUGAGAUAAAGGAUUGUGAGGUUUUAGAGGAUAUUGUUGCAAAAGAAGAAGGAGCAAAAGCUGUUAAUUUUGCAUUUCCACAAGUUACCUAUUUGAAGCUUGAGAAUUUACCAAAACUUAUAGCUUUCUAUCUUGGCAUACAUAUCAACUUGGAGGAUGAGUUUGUCACUCUUCUUAAUGAAAAGGUUUGA